GUCAACAUCUCCAUCAGGCUGUCCUCCAUCUUGAUCUUGCCAAUUCAGUCUCAGUUCAUCACUGCUUCCCCACAAGCCUUCGCUUAUAAUAAGCCGCCCGCUCCCAUCUCAGCGCUGCCCCUCUGGUCCGUCUCGCCUUGUAUCUACCCACUGAUGCCAUCGACCCACUGAAGGCAGCAUCCGCCUAGCUCAACGCGCUUUACUUCAGUCCACCUUGAAUACGCUUCCCAUGCCUGAUGCUCUGUGGAAUCUGGCGAUUUACUUCUCGUGCGCAACGCAGGCUCUCGGCGGCUUCAUUCUUAGCGUCCUGGCGACUGUGUUGAGCUUCGCGCUUCCGCCUCUACGUAAGGCCUCAGACACUCAAAUACGGCCUUUCUACUUUCACACAUCCAGGAGCGCAGGGAGUAGCAUCUCAACGGUGACUACUUCGACUGUCCCGUCGACAUCCUCCUCUUCAUCUUCCUCGACGCCACGGUCGGGCCCCUCGGCAUCCGAUCCCAUACGUACUCCCCACGACUCUCCGGACCAACCACCAACCCUUCCCACGCGUUUUGCGCGUUCACGUCCAUCACUACCCUCUCUCCCUGAUCGUGCCCUUAAUUUCGUCCUCCCACCUCCGUCCUCCCAACGCCCCUCAUCGCCACCAUCCUCUUCGGAACACCGCUCCCGACCACCAUUGGCUGUCAAGUGCGCUGAGCAGGUGAAAUCGGUGAGACUCACGCCCAUCGAUGAGACAAAAGUCGCGCAACCGAGGCCUCCGACCCUUCGCAAAGGAUCAUCGUCCUCCUACCUCCCCCACUUCGGCAAACGGUCGACACAGCCUCCAGUCUCCAGCUCCGCUGAUGGCGUCCGUCCGAAGGGCCACAGAAAGCUCUGUCGUUCGGUUUCGCUUCCCUCCAAGGCGAGCUGGCACAAAGAACGCACUGUUCCCGAAAGGUCACAGACAGCUCCAGUUCCAGUAGACAAGUAUCCGAACAUUUCCAAAGCAGCACCAGCUCUACCAACGCCAGCAUCAGCUGCACCUAAACGCAAGUAUCCAUGUCCUCGUGCACCGAGACGGAGUCGCAGUUUGUGUAGUCAGUCCAACGCCUCACUCACUGAUGCCUCUCCAAAGAAGACAGUCGUUCCACUUUCACGUCCUCCCAAGCACUGCAGAAAACCGAGCGCUUCGUCGUCAAAUAGUGCCUGUACGCUCGAAACGGCGCCCGUAUCAGCCGCUCUCCCGUCUCCACCCAUUGCGCGUACACGCCCUUACGAAGCCCCCUAUUACUUUCCUACGCCCGCGUCCCCCGAGGCACGGAACUACGUGAGGAAUACACGUCAAUUAAUGCGUAAAGCCUCAACAGUCUUUCAGGACAUCGGCGAUGGUCUGCAUUCAUCGACAUCACCGAGUCCAGCCUCGGCAUUGCGUGGCACUGCGGCUGGUGUGGCCACGAGUCCUGUGCCGGGUUUGUCGGUGGCGCAAGAGGGGGGCAAUGCAAACUCUACGGAGGUGGUGGUUGGAGGUUCAAGUGAUGCGGCGGUCAUGGUGGACGGGGAGAUCGAUGGAAGGAGGAAGGGGAAGGCGAAACCGAUUACUAAACCUCCAAAAGCUGUAGCGUCGGCGUUGAGGAGGUAGGGUUCGGUCGCUGGUCGAUGAGUCCUUUCUUUACAUUACACCAUUUUCACCGUAUUUGUUACCACGUUUACACAUUUACACCACUCCUUACAAUUCAUAUAUACUUUUAAAUCGACUACCAUGAUG